GGUGAAAAUAGAGUGUGGGUGGAAAUGCUUUUAAACGGGUUAAAGAGUUGCUUGAUACCCCUUAUGUUCGGUUGGUUUGAAUCUAAUCGAAUCAGUACGGCUCAAUAUUGAGUUGCACCCCGUGUACAACGAUCGAUGCAAACCAACUUUCUUUUCAAGUUAUUAUUAACAAACCACAAACUUUAAUAUCUAUGAAUUGUAUUGAUCGUUGGGUCGAUCUUAUUGGAAUUGAAAUGUGGUUAAUAUCUUAUGGUCAGAUUUGAAAAAAACUUAGUGAACAUAUUUAGUAAAUUUUAAACCCAAAAAUUAAUUUACUGUAAUGAUUAUGGUCUUCGGAAAUAUGUGUUCAUUCCUUAUACAUAUGUUAGGUAAAUAAUAAUAGCCUCUUGCAAAUCUCGAGCAUACUCAGAAUUUGAUAAUCAAUAUCUUAUCGUACAAGAGUAAGACACUAAUAAGAGUUUUUUAAUCACCGAGAUGAUAUAAGUCUAUAAUUCUAUAGUGUUUUUAUUAUAAUAAAUUUGAAUUAGUUAAAGAAUGACCAUUAAAUUCACCCUAAUGACUUCUUUUAUUAAGAAGGUCUAUUUCCUCCAUUUCUCCUCUUCUUCUUCGUUUCUCCUCCUCCUCCAUUGACGCUCUCAAGAACACACUCAUAAUUAGCAUGCUUGCAUGUCCAGAGACAGCAGGGAAGGAUUUGGAGAUUACUACAAGAUCGUGAAGAAGGUAAAGAAAGAUCCAACCUUCGAAAAGACUAUGGAUCAUGCCGUGAUGGGAAUCAGGAGACACGUGGCGGUGCCUCCGGGGACAACGUUGAACACCGUGACUCCGUGCGCCGCUUGUAAGCUACUCCGUCGUCGUUGCGCGGAGGAGUGCCCUUUCUCGCCCUACUUCUCGCCUCACGAACCCCACAAGUUCGCCGCCGUUCAUAAAGUCUUCGGUGCCAGUAACGUCUCCAAGAUGCUUCUGGAAGUGGGUGAAAGUCAGAGAGGGGACGCCGCAAACAGUUUAGUCUACGAAGCAAACUUGAGACUGAGAGAUCCUAUCUACGGUUGCAUGGGAGCAAUCUCCGCUCUUCAACACCACAUCCAAUCUCUCCAGUCCGAACUCACGGCUGUCCGCACAGACAUCCUUCGCCACAAAUACCGAGAGGCCGCCACAAUCACUUCCCUUCAAAACAACAACAACAACUUCAACAAUACUACAACCACAUCAGUGUCCGAUCAUGCUGCUCUAGCUGCGACCAUUUUGCUCCCACCACCACUGCCACCGCCUCAUCCGCCACGACCACCAAGGUUGUUGUCGUCUCAGCCUGCUCCACCUGUUUCCUUGCCCUCUCCUUCGAUGGUGGUACCGUCUUCUUCGUCUUCUAAUUCAUCUGCUGGCAAUUCUAUGUAUAAUCCUCCUCCGUCUUCGGCCGCUGGAUGCAGUAAUUCUCUGUCCAGUGACAACAAUGUUCAUUACUUCGAUUAAUCAGAAUUAUGUUCUUACUUACCCCGGUCCUUUUAAAGUAAAAGUUUGAAUGUUGUUCCAUAUUGAGAAUACGGCUUGAGUGUUUUGUUUUUAUUUCAUGUAGAUUAAAAGUUGCAUUACUCGUACAUUCACAUUUGCUUUGACGGCCCGUAAUUUAUUAACUUAUCAGACGAUUAAAUAAUAUCUUUAUUUAUUUCGUGCUCAGUCAUUUUGUUUCUGUCAAUAUCUCACGGUUUUAUUUUCUACAAAUUACUCAUAGCCCGAUUUUGCACCGUUAGAUAUACAAUCGAUACAUCAAUUUGCAAAUUCUUUGAAACGUUACCAUAAAUGAGUGUGAUGCAAGCAAGACACGUACGUACAAGACUUUGUACUCUAAGUUCAUCUGUAAAAACUUACAAUGAAAUAUAUAUGCAUUUUGAAGCAUAACUUCACAUUUCUUACUGUCAUAGGUUGUAUGGAAUCCAAGGGUGGCAUAUGGAGCUCA